UGACCAGGAGGAGACGACUGUGGAGGUCACGUGUUCGACGCGUCUGUGGCGAGACGUUGCCGCGAGUCGCUCUCUUCUGAACGGUCUCACCCCCAAGGCCGCCGACUCUUCUGGGGAUCCUGGUUGAAGCGGGCAGAGGUCGGACAGCCCCACUGCCCUGUGUGACGGACCAUGGACGGACCCAGCGUGAAGCAGCUAGCUGUGGACGGAGAAGCCACAAGAAGCAACGCAAUCUACUCUCUGCCAGGCAAGCAUAACCGUAUCGCUACCCGGAGGCCUCGAACGACGGUCAACGACCUCCCGCACGAUGUUCUCCUGAUCAUCCUCAGCGACGUCUGGAGGGCUACACUACGUCCCUUCGACAGUGCCGACAUGCACGGCUUAACCGACCCAGAACUCGAUCACCUAGCUCCGUACCACUCUCGAUUAUCCCCACUAUCGCAACACUCUGUCGAGCACAUCGCGUCCGUCUCUCCCCACUGGCUCGAAGCGAUGUCGAACAGCUCCGAGUUCUGGACGCAGCUCGUCAUCUGGACUGGACGCGAUGCCACACCGCUCUCGAUGGUCCGCAGGUACCUCGCGUGGUCGCAAGACAAGCCCGUCUCGAUUGACGUCCGGCGGAGGUACGACCCUUGCGUGGAAGACCGCACGGAGAAGGCACAUGCGAAGGCGAUUGUCGAGCUGCUCGUUCCGCACAUGAAGCGAUUGAAGCUCCUAUGCAUGUAUCUCCUCCAUUCGAGCUCCCUCCCGCUUCCGCACACGGACCUUGUCGGGCGCGCGGAAAACCUGGAACAACUCAAACUCGAGUUCAUCUUUGACGACGCGGUUGCAUGUCCCGCACCACUUCCGCCGUCCGAACGCACGUUCGACACGCCCGCGCUCGUAGAGCUCUCCAUGGGCGGCGUGCACUUCCGCGAAGCGUACGUGGCGCCAGUACCCCGGCCGCUGUUGCCCCCCGAGCUUCGGUACAUUACCAUCACAGACUAUGCCUCCGACCAAGUUCCCUUUCCCGUCGUUGAUCUCCUAGAGACUCUCACGGACCCGGAUGACUGUCAGCGACUAUACAACCGGAGAGUAAACCUUACCAACCUCCAGCUCGACAUCUACCCUGACGCGGAUCCUCCUCGCCUGAAUGACCGGGGCACCGACUGGUACUUCACAGACAUGUCUGGCGAUGUCAUCGCACAUUACAGCUCCCUCCUCCACCACCCUUUCGUUGAGACACUGUCCUACACGCGCUGCACACUCCCUACCUAUGACUCCCCUUCUGUCUGCGAAUCGUACUAUCUCACGCUUGAGGGCAUCCCAGACUCGGCUACGCUGGGAUACUACAUCGCCGGCAGCCAAGUAUCGAUUCACGACUGCGACGGCUUUAAUUCGGAAUUUCUCCAUGCGCUUGCAAAGCCGUUCUCCCCAGGGACCUACGGCGGCGACGAAUCAUGGCUGUGCCCGAAUCUCGAAAUGCUAAGCAUCUCCGGGUGCAAACGGUUGCACAGCUCAGAGUUGAGGGCUGCUCUCGAGGCGCGCCGCAGAAGGCACGAAGCGACGGGCUUUGCGUGGCUGGAUGAGAUGGGGUACGUUUUGCUCUCGGUGACGCACCUCUACGUCCGACGUUGCGGCGAGUUGGCUGCGGAGGACAGGCAGUGGUUCGACAAGAAUAUGGAAGACGUGCAAUGGGACGACUGGCACGGGGGCACAGGGCCGUGAACGUUACCCUGUAAUAAUCUGUUUGCAUGACAUUCUUAUCACCGUAGUCGAUACUCGACUUGCCGUGCCGCGCUAAGUCCGUCUCUUCACUCUCGUCGACGUCGCUGUUCAGCAAUCUCAUGUAUUCUACCGGCUGGGCUCCGCACUCCUCUCGGGAUCCCACUU